UGCCUGUGGGAAAGCAACGGUAACGUCUCCUCUCCGCGCCACGGGCUAAGGCUAAGUGCUGGCUGGCCACGGCAGCUUUUCUCUCCCGUGAGGAGAGACGCACUUGGCGUUUUAUUUUACUGCCUUUCCCCCAAUUUGACAAUCCGCACUCAACUCGGAGGUGGCCUAUUUUGGUGAUGGAUUGAUGGAGGGGAGCAGCCUUUUUUUUUUUUUUCCUCCUCCCAGCGCGAUACUAGCGUUCAUGUGGACGUCCUGAGCAGCAGGUGUACUGACUGAUAACGAAGGCCAAUCUCAGUGUUCAUGAAACUUUGCUACGAUUUACGUGCUGGGGUUGCCGUCCGCCAUGUUAAGCUAAAGCCCAGGUGCGCGGUGUUGACCAUGCUCAAGCGCCUGGACAAGAUCCGCUUCCGAGGCCCGAGGACACGGGACGACUUCCCCGAACUGGGCGACUCGCCGCCGGCCUCCGACAACGAAUGUAGCGACGACGUGCCGCCGAAGGCCCGCGCGGCCAACGAUGAGCCCCCGCGAGACCCCGCUGGUUCAGGGUCUCCCAUCAUGGCAGCGGCAAUCCAGGACUUCCAGAGAUCAGAGUCGGACCGACUGAAUGAGGUCAAAGGACACUUGGAAAUUGCCUUACUGGAGAAACACUUUCUACAGGAGGAGCUGAGGAAGUUCCGCGAGGAGACCAAUGUGGACUCGCUGCGGCAGGAGCUGGAGAGAGAGCGGAGCAAACGCCUCGACCUGGAGCAGAAGAUGGGCGACGUGCUCAAGACCAGGCUGGAGGAUUCUCCGCCGCAACCUCCAAGAAAACAACAGUCGCCCUCUAAUAAUGGAACAGCCGACAAGCAGCAGCAGCAGAAGGAGGUGUGGAGCUCGCGGUUGCAGAAGUGGCUGCACGAGCGCUUCGGCGUCUACAUCGAAGACUUCCGCUUCCAGCCCGAGGAGAGCACCGUGGAGGCCGAGGAACCGCUAAGUGCUAAAAGGUUGACAGAAAACAUGAGGCGACUCAAACGAGGAGCUCGGCCUGUCACCAACUUCUUAAGGAACCUCUCCGCCUUAUCCAAUUGGCACUCUGUGUACACCUCAGCGAUUGCCUUCAUUAUCUACAUGAAUGCUGCUUGGCACGGCUGGGCCUUUCCCAUGUUCCUCUUCCUGGCCAUUUUGCGCCUGUCCUUAAAUUACCUCAUUGCUAGAGGUUGGAGGAUCCAGUGGAGCAUUGUGCCUGAGGUCUCUGAACCCAUGGAGCCUCCAAAAGAAGACCUGACUGUGUCCGAGAAGUUUCAGCUCGUCCUCGAUGUCGCACAAAAAGCACAGAACCUUUUUGGUAAGAUGGCGGACGUCUUGGAGAAGAUAAAAAACCUGUUCAUGUGGGUGCAGCCAGAAAGCACCCAAAAACUUUACAUCUGCCUGUGGGUGGCUUUUAUCACCUCCUGUGUGCUGCCGUACAAACUCAUGGGCUUCAUGAUCGGCCUGUACGCCGGCAUCAAGUUCUUCAUCAUCGACUUCCUGUUCAAGAGCUGCCCCAAGCUGCGCGACAAGUACGACACGCCGUACAUCGUGUGGAACAGCCUCCCCACCGACCCCCAGCUCAAGGAGAGGACCAACGCCACCGUGUCUCGCCGGGUCCAGCCGGUGGCUUCGCGGGGCAGCCUGGCCACGGCGCCGUGCGGCGUGAGCCGGGAAGAAGAGGCCGGGCGCUCCCACGGCACCAAGAAGGGCUCCUUCCACGAGAUCUUCAACCUGCCUGAGUCGGAGCGCCCCCUGGCAGUGUGCGAGAACGGCUGGCGGUGUUGCCUGAUAAACCGAGACCGAAAGAUGCCCACCGACUACAUCAGGAACGGGAUGCUUUACGUCACAGAGAAUUACUUGUGCUUUGAGAGCUCCAGUUCCAGAUCAGGCUCCUCCAAGAAGAAUAAGGUCAUCAAGCUGGUGGACAUUACUGACAUACAAAAGUACAAGGUGCUUUCUGUCCUACCGGGAAGCGGAAUGGGCAUCUCAAUUGCAACUCCUUCCACUCAGAAGCCAUUGGUGUUCGGCGCCAUGAUCCACAGAGACGAGGCCUUCGAGGCCAUUUUCACGCAGUACACCAAGGUGGUCACCACCAGCAAGCCGCCGGCAGCAGCCGCCGCUGCCGCCGCCUCCUCUGCGGAAAUUUAGACGGCUGGCCCCACCCCACUUCUUCCUGGAGAUUUUUUUUUUUUUUUAAACGAACAGAAUGCUGGCGAGUGGGCUGGCCCUCCUCGCCCAACUGACUGCUUCCUCUGCGCCGUUCCUCUGCGUGUGUGUUGCAUGUGACAAAUUUUUAUUUUAUUUUAUUUUUUAAGUUUCAUUUUUAAUCCUCCUCCAGUGAUUUUAUUCCUCCCGAACGUAACUGGAGCUUUAAGAAAAUGGUCACCUCCCCCAUCCUGUGAAGUGUUUUCAUCCGAUCUCAAAUGUUUCCUAACUGUGAAAAUGUCACAUACGAAGCCUUUGCGUUAGUUUAACGUUUAAUUGCUUUGCAAAAGUGUACGUUGUUUUUUUUUUUAAAGCCGUUUGGACUGAUGACUGACCGAGCACAACAGAGAACAUCUCACAUUUCAGCACAACGCGGUACUAAAUAGGCUCCCUUUCCCUCCUUUUCUCUCCCUGCACUUUAUUAGUACAGUCGUUCAACUGGACUCUUUGCGGACAAAUAUUGACGCUUCCACUGAGGUGAUUUCGAAGAAGAAAAAAAAAAACAGAAAGCAGUCAUUUUGUGCACGGGCAAAGCUGGUCUUGACUCCUCGGUGUGGAAAUGUACUGCCAAACUCAUCUGGCGUUUGUUCUGUUUUUUUUUUUGUUUUUUUUUUGGGGGGGGUAGGUCGUUACUCCCCUCCAGAUUCAUAUGGAGGAAGGAAAAACUAAAAAGGCCUUGACAUUUAAAUUUUUAUGCUCAGUCAUCGCUAGACCCGAAGGUUCCACAUAAAAAGGACAUUUGAAAAUGCCAGGGUUGCACAAAUCAUUUUGAAUUAAGAACAAACCGGGUGUGACAUUGCCAUACAAUAUGCGCGAUUGACUGGUUUGGACAGCUACAUUUUAAUUUUUUUUUUUUCUUUUUUAAAUGUAUUUUUUUGUGUUGGUAGCACGAUGUGAUUGGAUGUCGUCUUAAAAGCUUUCUCCAUGAAGCCUUUUUGUAGUCUGUUUCAAACAAGAAGCACAGAAUGUAUCGUGUUUUUUUUUUUUCCUUUUUAUUUGUUUUUAUUUUUAUUAUUAUUUUUUUUU